AUGGGCCUCAUCAGUCGCAUUUUCAAGGUGACCGCCGCCGGCACCGUCGCCUCGGUCGGCGUUUUCUUCGGCGCCACGCGCAAUGACGUCUUUGAGCCCAUGGACGCCAAUGAUCCCAUUUUCUCCUCGCCGUUCUUCAGAAAGUUCAAUCCCGAGAGCAACCCGACUCUGCAUGACCUUUGCGUCCGCCGCGUUCCCCUGGACAAGAUCAACCCGUCAUUGUUGGAGAAGAAGGGCAAGCUGGUCGAGGCCUUCUGCGCCGGUAUUUGGGGUGGCAUGGGAUACAUCCCGCAGCGCGCUUAUUUCGCCAACAAGUACCAAGGCCCCGAAACCGCCAGCCACCUCUGGGAGCGCAAGGACCUCCUCUCUAGUAGCUAUGAGGUCGGCACAUUGAUCACCGAUCACUUUGAAGUCGUCGAGAAGACCGACGAGAAAAUUGUGGUCCGCUGCGGCGCCUCCCCUCGCGUGCGCGAUGUCCGCCCCUCCGACGGUCUGUUUGAAAUCGGCGCGGUGGUUAAACCAGAGCAGGGCGUGGCCGAGUUCACCCUAAAGAGCUGCUUCUAUCAAGGUCUGGGCAAGGCCGAGGGAGCUCCUAUGGGCCCGGUUAUGGAGUGGUUGCACAGACAAUACACCAAACUGUGGAUGGAGACUGCUAUCCUAAAGAACUGUACUCGGUAA